CUUUCACUUGAUUAUUCACUACCACUGAUACAACCCCCAGGAUAUUCCUGAAACUCGUUUGACAAUUGAUCUGCUGGAUCAUUAUCACUGCAUAUCAUCAUGCCAUCUCCGCGAGGCUCCACCGCCGAAUCCGGCAACAAGCCUGCAUCUCCAGCUCCAGCCGACCAACAAGCGUCAAAGAAAAAGAAGCUGGUUAUACUACGCCAGUCGGUUGCAGAUAUACAAACCCAAACCGCCGACUUGGAGGCUCAGAUCGCCGAAGCCAAGGCCCACUUGAAGAACGACCCCAAAGCCACGGUGCAACAACAUAUCCGUCUGUUGCAUGAAUACAACGAAAUCAAGGACGUUGGGCAGGGGUUACUGGGCCUGAUCGCAGAUGCGCGGGGAGUGCGACAAAUUGACGUGCAAAGAGAGUAUGGGGUGGGUGAUCGCGAUUGAGAAUCACCCUGAGGGCUUACGGGACAGGAGCUUGAGUGAUGUUUCUUUUAGUCCAUCUCAAUUUUUGUUUCUAUAUGAGGAGAUAUUCUUCAAUAAGAGAUACAAGAGGUACAAUACAGGUCAUCGACCUGUGCGCACGGCAAGGAGGGGAGGCUGUAUUCUAAUUCACCUCCAAGAAAAACAGGUCUCAUGUUCUCCAUCGAAAC